GUGUGUGUGUGUGUGUUUCAGGUGACGGUCAUGCACUCGAUGCAGGCUGGGUAUCUGGAGAAAGCCCAGAAAUACGCUGAUAAAGCCCUCAUGCAGCUGGAGAAGCUGAAGAUGCUGGACUGCAGCCCCAUCCUGUCCUCGUUUCAAGUCAUUCUGCUGGAGCACAUCAUCAUGUGUCGUCUGGUGACGGGACACAAGGCCACAGCGCUGCAGGAGAUCUCUCAGGUGUGUCAGCUCUGUCAGCAGUCUCCACGGCUCUUCUCCAAUCACGCGGCUCAGCUCCACACGCUGCUGGGUUUGUACUGUAUCUCUGUUAACUGUAUGGAUAACGCUGAGGCCCAGUUCACUACAGCGCUGCGGCUCACCUCCCAUCAGGAGCUGUGGGCGUUCAUCGUCACUAACCUGGCGAGUGUGUACAUCAGAGAGGGAAACAGACAUCAGGAGCUCUACAAUCUAUUAGAGCGGAUAAACCCGGACCACAACUUCCCCGUCAGUUCUCACUGUCUGCGCGCCGCUGCCUUCUACAUCCGAGGCCUUCUGUCCUUCUUCCAGGGACGCUACAAUGAAGCCAAGCGUUUCCUGCGUGAGACGCUGAAGAUGUCCAAUGCGGAGGAUCUGAACCGUCUGACGGCCUGCUCUCUGGUGCUGCUGGGACACAUAUUCUACGUGCUGGGGAACCACAGAGAGAGCAACAACAUGGUGGUUCCUGCGAUGCAGCUGGCCAGCAAAAUCCCAGACAUGUCUGUGCAGCUCUGGUCAUCAGCUCUGCUCAAGGAUCUCAAUAAGGCCUGCGGGAACUCCAUGGACGCGCAUGAGGCUGCACAGAUGCACCAGAACUUCUCCCAGCAGCUCCUGCAGGAUCACAUCGCCGCCUGCAGCCUUCCAGAACACAACCUCAUCAGUUGGACUGAAGGCCCUCCACCUGUGCAGAUUCAAGCUCAGAACGGACCCACCACCAGCCUGGCCAGCCUGCUUUAAACACACACACACGCACACACGCUGUACAUACAGGUCGUCCUCACACUCUCACACACACGCUCAUGGGCUGUGUUCAGAGCAAGGACAGAUGGGGGUCAAAGGUCACAGCAGAUCUGUGUUUUAGUUCAGAGUGUUUGUGUCCUGCUCCUCCUCGUCUGUUUAAUUGCUGUCGUCACACAUCGUUCCUCAGACGGGUUUAGCUGUACUAGUUAGCAGCAGUAACCAGCGCUGCGUCAUUCAGUGUGCGAGGAUGAAUCUGCAGCAUCCUCCGAUCGAUAAACUAGAGACAAGUGACUCUGAAUUCAUAGUAACUCCUCAAACCUCAUAUUCACCACAAAAUAAAACCGAUUUCAGUCAGAAAAAUGAAGCCUUAGGUUUUAGGAAUUAUUUUUUUUUUUUUUGCAUUGUCUUUUUUAACCCUUAAAUUCUCAUUAUUGUAAUCUUA